UUGACGCCUUGUCCUGCCCCCCCCCCGUAGGGAGCCGGGUCGGGCUUCGAUAGCCGGUGAUGGCGUCCAAGCUGUUGCGGGCGGUGGUGCUGGGACCCCCCGGUUCGGGUAAAGGGACGAUGUGCGAAAAGAUCGCCCGGAGUUUCGGGCUCCAGCACCUCUCCAGCGGCCAAUUCCUACGGGAGAGCCUCGGUGGCGAAGUUGGCGUCUUGGCAAAGCAGUACCUUGAGCGAGGCCUUCUGGUGCCGGACCACGUCAUCACACGCGUGAUGAUGUCAGAGCUGGAGAAGCGGCGAGAGCAGCCCUGGCUGCUCGACGGUUUCCCUCGGACGCUGGGGCAAGCCGAGGCGCUGGACAGGAUCUGCGAGCUGGACCUGGUGAUCAGCUUGAACAUACCCUUUGAGACGCUGAAGGAUCGCCUGAGCGCCCGCUGGGUCCACCCAGCCAGCGGAAGGGUGUACAACAUGGACUUCAACCCUCCCCAUGUCCAGGGCAUCGAUGACCUGACGGGCGAGCCGCUGGUCCAGCGCGAGGACGACAAACCCGAGGCCGUUGCCGCCAGGCUCAGAAAAUACAAAGAUGCUGCGAAGCCAGUAAUAGAGUUGUACAAGAGCAGGGGAAUCCUUCAUUCUUUCUCGGGGACAGAGACCAACAAGAUCUGGCCGUACGUGUACACCCUGCUUUCCAGCAAGAUCCCACCCAUUCUCUCGGACGAGGAGAACUAAAUGGCUUGUGCCAAGGACCAAGAGUUAAUUUGAUCACGGAUUUGGUUUCUCUGCGCGGGGGCUGUGCUCAGAUUAGGCGAUCGUGUGGUACCUAAAGUCCCUUCCCUGGGUGUACUGGGUGACAUCAGUGGAUACACAGUUAUAGCCAGUAUCAGGGCAAAAAGAUCUUUGCUUGUAAGGUCAAGUUUGCUAGAAUAAGGGGUUUUUUUUCUGUUUUGAGGCUAUAAAGUAUUCCUGCCUGUGGUCCAAGUACACACACAGACCAGUGAUGCAAACCUGGGUAAUGAACAUACCAGGUUUACACAGCUUGCCACAAUGUUCUUGCCACCCCCAUACAAACCCCAGUCUCUGAGCCUACAGUUGCUCCACAGUACCGUUUAAUGCAGAUUACUCUCUAGGCUGGGGUUUUUUUAUAUUAAAUUACAUUAAAUCAAAUUUAUUUCUCAGAAAAAUAAAGCUCUAAAAAGCCAGACUUAGCCCAGUGGGAAUCAGUGAGCAACAUGGAAAAUGUGUACACUACAAAGCUUAGAAAUGUGAAGAUCACAUUUCCAGUAUUAAUACACAUAAAAGAAGGAAAACAUUGGAGGUAAAACACGUACUCGUGCUUCUUCCAUAGAGAGCCAUGAAACCCCUGUUAUAAAAAGCUGCUGUACAGUCUAGUUUUCAUGAGAUGCUGUGACACUGAGCAGGAUCCGUGCUGGGGAUGAGUUGCACUCCUUUGUGCUUACCUUGUUUAUAGCUUUUAAUACUACGAGAUACAAUCACGUUGUAAGAGUUUCUCCCAAAGAUGUAUUUUAAUGUGUGCUUCAGUUUUGGGGGAGAAAUCAAGUCAUUCCAUCUUCUGUGCUGCCUUUGUCCCUGAGGUCCCCCGGAGACGGGGGCGUCUUCCCUACGUGGUUCCCGCUGCGGCUGCAGCAUCCCUGGCAGAAGCAGCUCCCUCCCCACAAAGCCCCGGAGAGAUGAGAGCCUUCCCUUCCUCGGGACGCGUGCAGGGGCUGCCGACGGCUGUGCCCGGGCGUUUUCCCGAGAUUUAGAGCAUCAUCUGAGCGUGUCGCUCCUCUUUUCGCGCGCAGGAGCUUUGCGGCCAGGUGGCUUUUCUCAACUGGAAGUACUGUAACCCUCUUUGGUGGCAGGAUGCAGUACCUAAGCAAUGGGGACGUUCUUUUUGUCUCCUCGAGUUGCCUUAUUUUAUAGACUAUAUAUUUAAGAAAAAAAGCAAGAUGUGUAUUUUUAAAGGUUUAAAAAAAAAAAAAGGCGCUGAAUUUUAGCGUCGACUUUUGGGAACUCUGCACGAAGCUGCUUGCCUUCGCAGAGCGUGCUGCAGUCUGCCAUGGGUGGCUCAGCAGGGAGGCAGAAAAGCUGUCACUCCCCGGCACCCGUUUGAUUCAUUAGAGCAGCCUGGGCAAGUUUCUGUUGCUGAAAUGUCGCUGGUUUUCUUUUUGCUUGGAGAGUGAGGCAGGGGAGGGGGAGCUGACUGGCUUUUUUAGGGAUGCACGGGCUCCGCAUGCGAAACUUCAGCACAUCCCCGGGCGUCUUCAGUCCCUGCUGAGCCACCUGCAUCCUCAUGCUACCAGGGGAGCCCCUGAUGUUUGCUCUCCCCGUCGGAGGCAGCUUUGCCCCAGCACACUCCUGAUAACGGAGCCAUAAGCCGUCGGGCAUCUGCUGAGCGAGAUCUCUGCCCACGUGUUGCCGCCUGCUCCGCGGCGGCGGCGGCAGGGGAAGGCUCCGCAUCCCGCUCUGGGUGGGAAUUUUGCGGGUGGGAGCAGAGCGACCAUCGGGUUUCACUGCUGUCCCUGGGGGUCUUUCCAUCCCCCCCCCCGGAGCUCCUGGGCUGGGAGGAUGCAAAUCUUCCACCCUGCAAUGAAAUCCUAUUUAAGAAAGAUUUGAGAUUUUUCCCAUGACCCUCGGAUGAAGGUCUGGGCUGUUUUUAAACACAAAUCUAGAAAUAGCCAAAAUGUGUGUGCUGUUUCUUUCUAACAGUG